AUGGACCCGAUUUCCAUCACCGGUCUUGUGAUAGAGGUCAGCCGUGUGCUAUCGAGCCUGAUCAGAUAUGCCAAAACGGUGCAGGCCGCGAAGUCCGAAAUUCGAAAACUCAGCGAAGAGCUAUUUGCCCUAAAGGGGAUUUUGGAACACCUGGCAGCACAAAUAGAUGAUGUCCCAAAAUGGCAAGAAUCAGAAACAUGCCCAUUUGACCGCGACGUCAUGGCGAGAGUGUUGCGUACAACAGAUGAGUUUCUCCAAUCCCUACUCAUGGAUUUGAAAACGGCUGAGUCCAAGUUUGAGCGCCUUAAGCAAACUCUGAAAUGGCCCUUCACACAGACGGAAGUUAGCGAGCAUCUGAUUCGUCUGGAACGAGUCAAAUCAUGGCUGAUACUGGUUCUCAUUGCAGACCAUAAGUCGGUGGAUCGGGAGAUGCAACACGAGAUUCGUGAUCUGACAAACACAUUGAAGGAAGACUUGCAGAUUCGAUUCCAAGAGCGGAACAAAUUGGCCAACAGGGAGCUUUUGAAAUGGAUAGCUCCUGUGAACCCCGAAAGCUCUCAUCUGCGGGCGUCAAAAAAGCAAAGAAAUGGGACUGGUAGAUGGUUUGUCGACGGCCAUCUGAAGACGUUUCUUAGCCAAGACGAAAAUCGGGCUUUCUUCCUCUUUGGAAAAUCUGGAACCGGAAAAACUACGUUGUUUGCGCAAGCUGCUGAUGAACUUACUUAUAUGACUUCUCAAAGUCAACAUAUGGGGUUUGCUUAUUUUUAUUGCACAAUUAGCGAUUUUGCCUCCCAGAAUGCAGGAAAUGUUCUAGGAUCACUUGUGGCACAGCUGUCAGGCACAUUUCCUUCAAUAUUGGACGAGAUUCGAUCUAUCUACAAUAAAGGCCCAAGCAAUCAGGCGCGUAGAUUUCCUAUCGAAUUAUCUGUUCUUGAAGCUGCUAUCGUCAAGACUGCUUCCGAAAAGACAAAAAUUGUCCUCUUGGUUGAUGCAAUCAAUGAAAGCCAUGAUAUGCAGCUUCUUGAAGCGUCCCUUCUCAGGCUUGCCAGUCUGUCAACGAACGUCCGCGUGCUUAUAACCACUACAAACAUGAAUCACAUCAAGCACCACAAUGCAUCUGUCUUGAACAUAAGCGGGAAUUCGCGAGGAGACAUUGGUGCCUUUAUCAAAUACCGGCUUGAGACUGAUGAUAUGUUGAGAACUUUGGCACCGGAAUUCCAAGCGGAGAUUGAAUAUACUCUUCGUCGAAAUGCCGAUGGAUCAUUCCGCUGGCUCCAGCUCUCAUUGGACAACCUGAGCACGCAACGAUCUGUAAGGGCAAUGCGACAGGCCUUGAAGAACCUCCCAAGUACUUUACGCGAGACGUAUGCAAAUAUGUUGGAAAGAAUUGCCCCUGACGAUUGGAAAAUUGCUCGUGAGGCCCUCUUUUGGCUCAGUUUUGCCAAACUGCCCCUUACUUUAAAUUCUCUCAACGAAAUCGUGGUCACAGACGAGACAAGCACGACACUCGAUGAGGAUAUGAUGCUCGUCCCUCCACAUAUACUUCUCGAAAUUUGUCAAGGUCUCAUCACUGAGGACCAAGAUGGCUGUCUGAAUCUUGCGCAUGCGUCUGUCAAGGAUUUCCUAACGUCUGAUUGGAUUCGCUCAUCUCGAGUCCAAUAUUUUAGCCUGGAUCCUACAACUGCAGACCUGAAAGCCAUGCAUGGUUGCCUCACAUACCUCGGUCUGGACAAUUUUGCACAAGGAUACCUGACAUCCCCGAAAGACCCAGCCAAAUUACGAAAGAACCAUCCUUUCCUGACUUACGCCGCAAACUUCUGGCCCCAACAUGGUGCUUCUUGCGGCUAUGGGGAUCCCAAGCAAGAAAUGAUCCAUAAAUUCUUCGCGACAAGGUCUCUCCCUGGCCGGGGCAAUUAUGGCACGUGGAUACAGGUGUUACUCCGAACAACCGCUAAUUCAUACACGGAGGAUACUGUAGUUAUUGACGGAACAUAUCCUCUAUACUACGCUGCCUCGUUUGGGAUGGCUCCAGUCGUCAAGACUAUUCUUGCUUCUGAGCCAGACAUCGACAUCAAUGCUCCUGGAGGCCGUAGUGGCGCUACAGCAGUGUGGAUUGCCAGUCUUCGGUUCUAUUUUGAAGUUGUGGAUAUUCUCAUACGUGCUGGAGCUGAUCCAUCCAUUCGGGACCCCGGUACUGGGCUUAAUGUGCUUGAUCUUUCGAGGAUGGCGCCGACUCGUUAUCGAAACAACCUUGGUCUCCGACCCAUUUUAGCUCGUCCAGCACCUUGGAAUGAGAAACUUGGAAAGUGA